CUCCGCCGCCUCCCUCCGCCGUCUCAACCGCCGUCAUGGAAGAAACCCUCGCCGCCGUCCUUUCCUACCUUCCGCCUCCCCCGAUCUCCCCCACCACAUCCUUGCCCUCCUCCGCCGCCUCCGAUGACGAGGACCGCAUCAGCUGCCUCCCCGACUUGCUCCUCCGCAACAUCAUCUCUCGCCUCCCCACCAAGGACGCGGCCCGCACCACCGCCUUCUCCUCCCGCUGGCGCAGCCUCUGGGCCUCCACUCCGCUCCACCUCGACGACGCUGGAAUGGCUCCUGCCGCCGUCACCGCCGCUCUGAACUCCCACCCGGGGCCGGUCGCCUCCGCCCGCCUCUCCUCCGAGCACCUCGCCUCCAUGGAACCCGACGUCCUCGACUCCUGGUUCGCCUCCCUCGCAUCCAAGAGCAUCGAGGUCCUCGUCGUCGUCAACGGCUCCUGGUCCGAAGAAUGCGAGUGGCGUCCUCCCCCCGGCCUCCUCGGAUGCGCCGCCCUCCGCCGCCUCUGGCUCGGCCUCUGUCAGUUCCCGGACACCUCCGGCCUCGCUCCGGCCUUCGUCAACCUGAAGGAGCUCGGGAUUGUCCAUUGCUCCACGCAGGACCGCGAGCUCCACGCUAUGCUCCCGCGCUGCCCCGACCUUGAGAGCCUCGCGAUCGUGCUCACACAGGACUACCCAAGGUACGUCCACAUCUGGUCAGGGAGCCUCCAGUCCGUGGUGGUGUGGAGGUCCAUGGUCAGAGAGGUGCACCUCGACGAUGCCCCCAACCUGGAGCGGUUGCUGUUGGAGCCGAUUGACGGCGCAUCUACUCACGUCAAGAUCAUUAAUGCGCCGAGGCUCAAAGUUUUUGGCUACUUCGAUGUUGGACUGCAUCAGCUCAAGAUCGGCCCCACUGUCAUCAAGGAUGGAAUAUGGAUGAAGGUGAAACCAAAUGCGAUGGUUCGAACCCUGAGGACAUUGGCACUGAAGGUGCAGUUUGGAGUCCAGGAGCAAGUGAAGCUAGUGCCCCUCUUGCUUAAGUGCUUCCCAUGCCUAGAAACCUUGUACAUCAAGUCGUCUCCUUCUGAAUCACCAAGCAAUGUUGAUGUGGACUUCUGGGAACAAGUAGGCCACACUGAAUGUGUUACUUCACAUAUCAAGAAGUUUGUCUUCCAAGAUGCCCGAGGAGAGGACACGGAGCUGGCAUUUGUAAAGUUUAUCAUGGAAAGAGCCCAAAUGUUGGAGGAGAUGCGUGUUCUCGUGGAUGACGGUUGCUCUAGAGAUCUUGUGCUAAGUCGUUUAUCUUCAGAAGGGUGUGUUUCUGCAGAUGCUAGUGUGGUGGUGGAGAAGCAAGACGUGUCACAUUCUUGGAGCUUCCAAAGAGCUAGUGACAUGUCUCAGGGUGACCCCUUUGAGUGCUGAACUUCGAGGUGUUUGUAUUAGCUCUUCCACUUGCGAUAGAAGACUGCCACUGCAUGGACAAACUUUGUUCAUCUUGGACCAUCCAGAUGAAGGACUUCAUCAAAUCAAUUAAGAGCUAGAUCUUUUGAAGGACUAGUCAUUUCAAUCUCUUCUCGUGAACCUUAUGCUGUGUGUGCCGUUUAUGUUGUACGAUGGAUUUAGUUUGUGUUAUCCAUACUCCUUCUGUGUUUAACUCAAUUAUUUCCCCUUUCAAAUACGGAGUAAUUUUAAGGGUACAGGUUGACAUGUGUAACUGUAUUUUUUGUUCCCCCUUUUGUGGUUCCUGGCUUGAUAUGG